AGAGACGAAUUAGGUAUUGAAGUUGUGACAACUCCACCAUAUAGAAGUGAAGCUAAUGGACAAGUGGAACGUUUCCACUCUACAUUAGCGGAAAUAAUGAGAUGUCUAAAGCAGGAAGAAAUUUGCAGAAACUUUGAGGAACUAUUAGAAAAAUCGGUGAACGAAUAUAAUCAUUCAAUUCAUUCGACCAUUGAUAGGAAACCAGUAGAUAUUUUCUUUGGCAGGACAGUAGACUUUUCUCCGGGAAGCUACGAUAGAACUAGGCAAACAAACAUGGAAAAGAUCAAGGAAAAGCAACAAAAGGACAUGAAAUACCACAAUAAAAAGAGAAAGGAUUUCAAAGCAUACAUUCCAGGGCAAACAAUAUUCGUAAAAAUUAACAAACGUUUAGGCACAAAACUUACUGAAAAAUACAAAGAAGAAAUUGUAAAAGAGGAUAGAAAUUCAACCGUUGUUACUGAAAAUGGAAGAAUUGUCCACAAAAAAUUCAUAAGAAAUUAAUCAGACAAAAUAUUUUGCAGGUUUCUACUGGCUGUAAGCCAAUGCAUGGGAGAAUUUCGUGUCAAAGAAAUCUAUUGACUUCUUAGGAAGUGCAUGGAAAUGGUUGGCUGGAUCACCAGACCAUCAUGACUUCCAGAUAAUUCAAGAAAAAGUAAACAACGUAUUGGCAAAUAAUAAUAACCAAGCCAUAAUUAAUCAGUUGUCCAUAGAGAGAUUGAAUUUAAUUGCUAAUGCCACUAACAAAAUUUUAAAGGACUUAAACAAUAGUAUGGAAACCUCUAUAGAAAAGAUAACGGAAUUGAAGUACAGAUUGGAAAUCGUAAAAGAAGAAAUUUUUAAUGUAGAAUUCGCCAUUGAAUGGGCGAAGGCCGGUGUAAUCAAUUCUUUUAUAUUUUCUAAGGUUGAAAUUGAUUUACUACAAAAGAUAUUUAACAAUUCGGAAAUACCUUUCAAUAGCGUUGACGAAUUACUAAAAUUCGCAAAAAUAAAAGUAGCAUCUGAUUCAGAAAGUUUAAUUUAUAUUGUAAGCAUCCCAACAACUAAUAAUGAGAAUUGUAAUUGUAACAUCCUUAAACCUGUAAAAUUUGCAAAUUCCAUUUAUAAAAUAAAAUUCAAUAAAAUAUUAAUUUGUAAGAAUAAUCUAUUAGGCAUUAAGAAUAAAUGCGACAGUUAUGAGAACCUGAGUAUCUGCAGCGAGGAAAAUACAGAGACUAUUAAAGAUUCAGAUUGCAUAGCCAAUUUACUGCAGAGCAAACCAUCCACGUGCGCUGUUACAAAUAACGAUGAUAUUCCAUCCGUAGAACAGAUCAAUGAAGACUUAAUAUUUCUGAACCAAUAUUCAGGAGAAAUUUUGAUAAAUGACUCCCCUUUAACUUUAAACGGAACAUUCAUUAUUCACCAUGCGGAGACAAAUGUUACUAUUGAUGGACGAUACUAUUAUGCGAAGAAAGAAACUGGAAUAAAACCAUUACCGGCUCUGGUACAACCUAAGGAAACAGACGAACAAAUAGAAACCCUAUCCCUUGAAUUCAUGAAAUCUAUUUCUAUAAAUAAUACCAAAAUAAUAGAAACAAUGCAAAAAAGAGAACGAAUUAAUUUUGGAAUAGGCACUUCGAUUUUUCUAACACUAACCAUCAUAAUUGCCGUGAUCCUUAGAAACAAGCGUUACCACAAAAAUCCUGAGAGUAGCAUAAAAAUAACUACAUCCGAAAAGGAAGACAAAUUAGAGGAGAUCACCACAUCAGAUACACCAUGUCCAUCGGCUGCCAAGAGGGUCAAAAGCCUAAAUAAUAUUCCGUUUUUUUAACAAGGUGAUGACAAUAUGUUCAUACGAGGACGUAUGAAUUUAAAGGGGGAGGAGUUAAGGAGCAACAUAUUCAUAAUAUUUUUGUGCUAAAUAUGAUAAUAUGAUCAGCCAUGUGAACAAGUAGUGCAAAUAGUUCCCAUAAUAAAUGAUAUCAGGUUACAUUAUGGGAAUAAGAUGUUUGCUAAAAUAAAACUGAUGACACAGCGCACGUGUCGACAAUGCUGUGAGAGCGGAGUUGGCAGAGACUUGCAGCGAAGCUAGCUUAAGUUCAUAAACUGUUAAUUUUAGUUUAGUUGCCAUUUAUAAUCAAUAAAAUAAAGACGUGUUGAUUCUCAACACGAAGUCUUUUUUAAAAAUUAAAAAUAACUUAAAAAGUUUUAAC